AUGGGCAUAGGUUUGGAACAAGGCCACCGGUGUUGGGCGCACAAGGAAGAACUAGCUCGCUUAUUCAGUAGUCAUCGUCUGCGACCCUUACUUGCUAAUAAUCCCUACAUCGUGUGUAAUCCUGCAUCCUUCUUCUUCUUCUUCUUCUUCUUCUUCUUCUUCUUCUUCUUCCUCAUCUUCUUCUUUUUCGUCUUCAUUUCAUAUUCUUCUUCUUCUUCUUCUUCUUCUUCUUCUUCUUUUUUCUUCUUCUCUCCCCCUCCAUCUUAUUACUUUAAAAAAAAUAAGUAUCCCCCUCCCACUCUUUUUUCUCUUUCCUCCUCCUCCUCCUCCCAUUCUCCCACCCUUCAAGCUUCUUCUUACUCUUUCUUUCUUUGCCUUCCUUCAUCAAUGCAGCCCCCCCUUUCCCCCCUUUCUACCGCCACCACCACCAUAACUCUAUCCACCCUCUCCGAGUGUGCCAUUCGCUAUCUAUCUAUCUAUCUAUCUAUCUAUCUAUCUAUCUAUCUAUCUAUCUAUCUAUCUAUCUAUCUAGCGAAGGGGCUUACGGCCAUAUCACAUACGUAUCAUUAUUAUUGUAAUUUCUUGUCGUUGUCUUACAUUCUUUUUUCUAUCUAUCUACCCCAGUUUUUUUUUCUAUGUAUACAUUUGCGUCAUUUUGAUCUAUCUAUACUUUAUUUAUCUCUAUUUGUUGUAUUCUGCUUAUAUCUCAUUUCCGUUUUUAUUUACUAUCUCUCUCUCUCUCUCUCUCUCUCUCUCUAUCUAUCUAUCUAUCUAUCUAUCUAUGAUUUAUCUCUAUUUUUGAAUUCAGUUGUAUUCCAGUUUUUAAAAAAAUGUUUUUUUUUAAAUAUCUCAUUUCCGUUUUUAUCUAUCUAUCUAUCUAUCUAUCUAUCUAUCUAUCUAUCUAUCUAUCUAUCUAUGCUUUAUCUCUAUUUUUGA